AUGCCGUCAUCAAUAAAAUUAGUAAAUCAUUCAUUUAUUUUUAAAUAUAAAUCAUUAAAUAAAUUAUUUGGUUCAUGUCAAUGUCAUUUAUCAGUAUAUAUGAAAUGCAUUAUUUGUAUAUUAAUAUUAUAUUAUUUAAAUAUAUUAAUUGGUUUUAAUAGUUCAAUAUGGUCUGAAAAAUCAUUUGAAAAUGAAUAUUAUUUACGAAUGAUACAUAUCGAUGUAACUAAAAUUGAAGAAAAUGUUGAACAAGUAUUAGGUUUACCAAUAAAUAUUCUUCCAAAUAAAUUUUUAAUUAAAAAUGAAUAUUUAUGUGGUCGUUCACUUGAUCCUGAAACACUUAUUCAUCCACAUUUAAUUAUUUUAGUUAAAUCAAAUUGUGAAAAUUUUCAAGAACGACAAGCUAUUAGAAUGACAUGGGCACAAAAAAAUCGUUUAUUAAAAACAAAUAUUCAAUUAGCAUUUGUUUUAGAUUAA